UGGUGAUUUUCCAUAGUUAUGUUAGUUUACCAGAGGGUAUUCGAAAAAAAACAAGCCGAUAUAUACAAAUGGACCUAGUCUACCCAGUCGCAUACGUGAGCAUCAGGGGGUACAGCCGCAACGUAGAGAAGUUCUCCAGUCGUUCCCACCCCUGGCCCCAGCCAUGGCAGCCGUGUCACCACGUCCCUGGAUUAGCACAGGCGGCAGCUUGCUUCGGCCUUUCCGACCCGCCCAAAGCAAGGGACAAAGCCACAGAGCGACCUGGAUAUUGGAGAGAAGUUGUGGUCUUGCAGUUGCUGGAAGCAUCGCGUGCCGCCUUGCCGCUCGCGGCUCGCGCCGCGCCGUGGCCAGUGCCAGCACUCUGCGGAUGGCCGUGGCCGUGGAGAGUGCUGAGGAUUGGACUGUGAAUCCGGUCGAAGAUCUUGGCCAUUUUUCAAUGAUGGUGAACUACUUGCUGGUUGGUGGUUUCUUGUGGAUUUUGCCUGGCUUGCGCCAGGAUGUAUCAACCAAAUCAGAAGAGUCCAGUGCCUCUUGGAAGUAUGAGCUGAUUCGGUCCGUGGGCGAGGAGUGCCAAACAGAAGCGGAGCUGCGAAAAUUGGUGGAGAAGAAACCAAACUUCGUCUGCUACGAUGGUUUUGAGCCCUCAGGCCGAAUGCACAUCGCGCAGGGAGUCUACAAGUCGGUUUGUGUCAACAAGUGCACAAAGGCUGGUGGGCAAUUCAUCUUCUGGGUGGCCGACUGGUUUGCCUUGAUGAACGACAAGAUGGGUGGAUGCAAUAAGAGCUGCUUGAGGAUGUUCUUCCACGUCAGUCAACUCGAAGGUGAGUUGAGUAGGCAGUAGGCCCAGUAGGGGUGAGUUGAGCUUGAGUUUUUUUAGAUGGCGGAACUCAAUGGUUCCUACCCCUUGGUCCGAUAUUACAUAGCUAUGGAAGCCCCCAUCAUGCC